AUGGCUAAAGUUCCCAACAUGUCGGACCCAGACGUGAACAUCAGCGACGUGGCGAUGAACGCCACGCAGCAGCUCGAAGGGCAGCACAACUUCUACGUGGUCGUUCCCAUCAUCUACUCGUUCAUUUGCGCCGUGGGCCUCCUGGGCAACACGGCCGUGAUCUACGUGAUCCUGCGCGCGCCCAAGAUGAGAACGGUGACCAACAUGUUCAUCCUCAACCUGGCCAUCGCCGACGAGCUCUUCACCCUGGUGCUGCCCAUCAACAUCGCCGACCACCUGCUCCUCGAGUGGCCCUUCGGGCAGGCGAUGUGCAAGCUCAUCGUCGCCAUCGACCACUACAACAUGUUCACGAGCAUCUACUUCCUGACCGUGAUGAGCAUCGACCGCUACCUCGUGGUGCUCGCCACGGUCAAGUCGCGCUCGUUCACGUGGCGCACCUACGCCGUGGCCAAGUGGGUGUGUGGCGCCGUCUGGGCGCUCGUGAGCCUCGUGGUGUUGCCCUUCGUGGUGUUCGCCAGCAACGGCAUCGUCGACUCACAGCGACGCACGCGCUGCGGCCUGGAGCUGCCCAGCCCCGAGGCGGAGUGGCUACGCGCCGUGCGCACCUACACGCUCAUCGCCGGCUUCGUGCUCCCCGUCACCACCAUCUGCACGCUCUACACGUCCAUGCUGCGCCAGUUGAGGGGCCUCCGCCUGAGCUCCAACAACGCGCGCGCCCUCGACAAGGCCAAGCGCAAGGUGACACUGAUGGUGGCCGUGGUGCUGGGCGUGUGCCUGCUCUGCUGGACUCCCUACCACCUGAGCACCGUCGUGGCGCUGGCGGUGGACCUCAACGAGACGCCCAUGGUCAUCGCCGUCUCGUACUUCAUCAUCAGCCUGAGCUACGCCAACAGCUGCCUCAACCCGCUGCUGUACGCCUUCCUAGACGAGAGCUUUCGCCGGAGCUUUCUCAAGCUCCUCGAGUGCAAGACUGGCUGACGAGGUGCGGC